CCGUCGCUCAAGCGCUUCCCGGAGGUGCCUCGAGGUGGGAGGAGAGCAGAAGAGACUCUGGAGCCGAGGGAAGGUGAAGGCUAUGCCGCCUCCAGGGAAAGUUCCCCGAAAGGAGGAUGGGAAAGUUCCCCGAAAGGAGGACCUGGAGCUCCAGUGUGAGUGGGGGUCCUGCUCCUAUGUGUGCUGGGCCAUGGAGGAGUUCUGCGAGCACGUCACUCAGCACCUGCAGCAGCACCUGCACAGCUCCUCCGGGGAGGAGGAUGAGGAGGAUGACCCUCUAGAGGAAGAAUUCUCCUGCUUGUGGCAAGAGUGUGGCUUUUGUUCUCUGGACAGUUCUGCUGACCUCGUCCGCCAUGUCUACUUCCACUGCUACCACACAAAGCUGAAGCAAUGGGGGCAGCAGGCCCUGCAGAGCCAGGCAGACCUCAGCCCCUGCAUCUUGGACCUCCAGAGCCGUAACAUCAUCCCUGACAUCCCCGACCACUUCCUAUGUCUGUGGGAACAUUGUGAGAGUUCCUUCGACAAUCCUGAGUGGUUCUACCGGCACGUGGAAGCACACAGCCUGUGCUGUGAAUACCAAGCAGUUGGCAAGGACAACCAUGUGGUGCUGUGUGGCUGGAAAGGCUGUACCUGCACUUUUAAGGACCGCUGUAAGCUUCGAGAGCACCUCCGCAGCCACACCCAAGAGAAGGUGGUGGCCUGCCCCACCUGUGGGGGCAUGUUUGCCAACAACACCAAGUUCUUUGAUCAUAUCCGUCGCCAGACCUCAUUGGAUCAGCAACGCUUCCAGUGCUCUCACUGUUCCAAGAGGUUUGCUACGGAGCGGCUGUUGCGGGACCAUAUGCGUAACCAUGUGAAUCACUAUAAGUGCCCUCUGUGUGACAUGACCUGUCCACUGCCAUCCUCCCUCCGCAACCACAUGCGCUUUCGCCACAGCGAGGACCGGCCCUUUAAAUGUGACUAUUGUGACUACAGCUGCAAGAAUCUGAUUGACCUCCGCAAGCACCUGGAUACACAUAGCAAAGAGCCAGCCUACAGGUGUGAUUUUGAGAACUGUGACUUCAGUGCCCGAUCCCUCUCAUCUAUCAAGUCCCACUACCGAAAAGUGCAUGAAGGAGACUCAGAGCCAAGGUACAAAUGUCAUGUGUGUGACAAAUGCUUCACAAGGGGCAACAACCUCACUGUGCAUCUUCGCAAGAAACACCAGUUCAAGUGGCCCUCGGGGCACCCCCGCUUUCGGUACAAGGAGCAUGAAGAUGGCUACAUGCGGCUACAGCUGGUUCGCUAUGAGAGUGUAGAGCUGACACAGCAGCUGCUGCGGCAACCACAGGGGGAGUCGGGCCUGGGAGCUUCCCUGAAUGAGAGCAGCCUGCAGGGCAUCAUUCUAGAAACAGUUCCAGGGGAACCAGGACCCCAGGAAGAGGCUGAAGAGGAAGAAGAGGGCGGGGGUAGUGAGGGGACAGCCCUCUCAGCCUCUCAGGACACCCCCAGCCCUGUGAUCCACGUGGUGAAUCAGACCAAUGCCCAAGGAGAGAGAGAGAUUAUCUACUAUGUGCUAUCCGAAACUCCGGGAGAGCCCCCACCAGUCCCUGAGUGCCCCUCAGGGGGCAUCAUGGAAAAGCUUCAGGGAAUACCUGAGGAGCCAGAAGUCCAGAUGGCCUGAGGGUUGCAGAAUCUGACCAUUCCCACCCCAGACCUGGGUGUUUGAGCUCGGCUGGUGGCAGUGCCCCUAGUGGGCAACCCUUGCCAAUGGAUGCCUUUAGGAGUGGUGCCUAGAGCCUUGUGGUCUACUCUGGACCCAGCUUAUAUCAUUUGGCAGACUCUAGGGACUUCUCUUUCUUGCCCGACAAUGUAGGAAUCGUGAGGCUUUUGGAUUCUUUGAGGGGGACUUGUGAGUGUUUUUGUGGAGGGCACAAGUACCAGACUUAGCCUUGACCCCUUAAACAUCUUGAAACUGAUAAAAAUGCUAAGUUCACGCACAUCCAUUCCUAUCUUUAGGGGACCUUAGGCCCAGGGAGGACAUGUCACUGGUCCUUAGAAGGGCCCUUCGUCACAGCCAGCCCAGGCAUCAGGAACUAGGCAGCCAUUUGCUUCCAAAGGGUUCCUCCUACAAUCCCAAGGACUGUCAUGGUUAUCCUCAGGGAUGGGAUUGAGUGUGUAUAUAACAAUGAUUUUUGGUAAUAAAAGAAAUGCUUGGACUAUU